AUGGUUUUACAUUUAAGAAAAAAGAAAAUUCCAUUUGUUUACGAAAGAAACAUAAAGUUUCAAGAUAUUUUCUAUCCUAUUUAUUUAUCACUGCGUUUAUUUGGGUUGUUUCCAUACAAAAUAAAGUAUAAGUAUGGAACUAAAAAGUACAAAAUUUUGCAUAAGUCCAUAUACUUGAAUGCUCUAUGUGCAGUGUUAUAUAAUUUAGUUAUUAUUGUUCUUGUCGUUGUGCAUGUGCACGUUAUCGCUGUAUCAAAUAAAAAUGGCUCCAUCGCACCAACUUUGAUGACAACAAUAAAUUACACCGUACAAAUAGUGACUUUGAUGUCUUCUUGUGUUAUUGCUUAUAUUUGUGCAUACCAAAAUAGAUGCAAUUACGUGAAAAUUCUAAACAAACUGUCAUCUUCUUGGUUCGCGCUACCAAAUACCAAUUAUUAUAUAUUGAAAAAAUUGCAUACACAUGUAUUAAUAUGUUUAUUAAUUCUAACAAUGAUACUACUGAGUCUAAUAAGCUUUACCUGCACUCAAGUGUACAAAGGAGGAAUUUGGGAAACUUUACUGAUAGCUUUUACUUUUAAUAUGCCACAAUUUAUUCAGUUUGUUGUGAUCGUAUUCUAUUAUACGUUAAUGCUUAUGGUGAGGGCAAUAUUGAGUAAUAUGAAAGAGAAUUGUUUAAAUACAAUAAAAGAAAAGAAAAACCCAAAAUACUCCAUAAAGAUAGUGGCAAAAAAAUCAACUUUUUCUAUAACGUACUUGGAAUUAUUUUAUGUACAAGUAACUGAAAUAGCUCGAGCUCUUCAUAACAUCCCUAUCGACCAGAAUGUUGAUAUAAUGAUGCAGGUGCAGCGUUUUUCGACUUUAAUGUCUUAUUAUAAUCCUAUAGUGUCUGUGUAUGACUUCUUUCCGCUCGAUGCUACUUUAAUAUUCAACGUAUUAGCAUCAGCUACAACAUAUUUGAUUAUAUUUGUCCAAUUUGAAAAUAAUUAAUGUAAAUUAUAUAAAACGGUACGA